UCGACCAGGAAUACAUUCAUGUUCCCUGAGCUCCAGGAAAAAACAACCCAAGCAUCACAAUUUUUAAAAAGGUUUACCUAAAAAAAAAUACUAUUUUCGAACUCUUUUACACAAGAGGAGUCCUCACAGACCAAUAAUAAGAAAACAAUUAUACAAAAACUAUACGAUAUAGCCCAAUCUUACUGUUAUGAGUCUAGAAUGAGUACCACAGAAGACAACGGAAGCAAGUGCUCUUCGGCCCCGAUUUCCACCUUCACUAUUCAGUCGAUAUUGGGCAAGUCGUCGGAGAAGCCACGGUCCGGGGCGAAGGAGAGUUCCAAAGGACUGCAGCUGGCGAGGACGCGCUUGCUCUCGGUUUCUUCGGAAGAGGAGUGCAGCGGUGGGGAGGACUCUGCAGACUGUUUCUGCUCGGAUCCUGGUCACAGAGAGCCAUGCAACCAACAUCAACCACUUAAUUUUUCAUGUUUAGGUGCAACCAAGGGACUUACUUCAGGCCAUGACGGGAUUGCACGGCGACCGCACUUGACACAGCCUCUGCUGCAGGAUUACAAAGAGGAACAAGAGAGACCAUGCAAUCCAAUGUCACCUAUUUCCGAGGAGAGACAGACAGACGGUGCGGACAAGCAGACUAACUCGUCCAAGAAGAAGACUCGUACCGUCUUCUCGCGGAGUCAGGUGUACCAGCUCGAGUCCACAUUUGAUAUGAAGAGGUAUUUGAGCAGCUCCGAGCGAGCCUGCUUGGCAUCAAGUCUACAGCUAACAGAAACUCAAGUGAAGACGUGGUUUCAGAACCGCAGAAACAAAUGGAAACGACAACUGUCGGCGGAACUGGAGGCUGCGAACAUGGCACACGCAUCCGCACAGACACUGGUCGGAAUGCCGCUUGUUUUUAGAGAUAACUCCCUGCUCCGGGUACCAGUUCCAAGAUCUAUUGCUUUUCCAACGCCACUAUACUAUCCCGGCAGCAGCCUACAAGGGUUACCACUGUACAAUCUGUAUAACAAGAUUGAAUAUUGACUCAAUGCCUGUGAUGACAGUCCAAAAUAAUAACACGUUAACACGCGACAGUACUUUCUUAUAAAUGUCUGCCAAACUCAUGUCUAUUAUAUAACUUUAUUUGUUGAAAAAAAAUAUGUCUUAUUAUGCAGCAACUGUAUGUUUUAACAAGAAAGCAACAAGCUUCUCUAAAUGUAUAAAAUACACCAUGUGUAUAAUAAUUAUUUUCAACCUUGAUUUUGCGUUCUUCUCCCUGGUUUAACGCGUUAUACAUUGCGAGAAUUUAGACACUGAAAUACAGAUGUUAUCAAGUGGACUGUUUCCCAAACCAAUUAUGAAUGCAUUCAAACACAGUUUUAAAUGUAAUGUGAAUGUGAAUAUGAAAUAUUGAGGUCCAACCACCUUAAUCUGUUAUAAAAUACUGGAAGAAAUUGGGUUUAUACAUUUGGGGAUAUGGAAGUGCAAACUCGUUGCUUCGAUUUUGGGGAAAUGUUAUUGUAAUCAUAGGCCCACCAAAUAAACUGCUAAUUCAAUACAUUUUCUAUAUCAGUGAAACAUGGGUUGGGAUUUAUUGUACAUUGCCCGUUUUUAAUAUUUAUUUCGACAUCUCAAUUGUGGCAUUUCCAUCCAGUUUUUGAAAAACAGGGAAAGGAAAAACGAAUUUCAUAUGUACAAUAUAAAAUA